AGGUCAGAGUUGGAUCGAGAAUUGAUGUCAAAGUGUACAAGUUGAAGAAAGAAAAUCGAAUCCGAUAGAGAAUUUCAAUAUUACUUGUGCCGACCCUGCCACGUCAAUGUCUCAAGAAUAUUUCACUAGAUUUCGAUUCACCGCAAAUUCGUGGCACUUGACGCAGAGGCAGCUGCUUACUGAUGGUUAUUCAAAAAAUUAUUGCCUGAUCAAAUUUGUACUCUAAGAUCAUAAUAUGCUGGUCUUCUGUGAUAUUUUCGAUUUCAAAAUACUUGUAUUUAUCUGUUUUUUGGCGUUUUUGCCUAAUAAUUUAGCGAACGAUGCGGACGAAGGUGCGAUGUCGCUUACUCAACAAAAUAUUGAUAUGACAUUAGCAUCGAAUGAAUUGGUGUUUAUAAAUUUUUAUGCACAAUGGUGUCGUUUUAGUAAUUUAUUGGCCCCUAUUUUUGAGGAAGCUGCUACUAAAGUAAGGAAUGCAUUUCCUGAACCAGGGAAAGUGGUAAUGGCAAAAGUGGAUUGUGACAGGGAAUCCUCUAUUGCUUCAAGGUUUCACAUUACCAAAUAUCCAACUCUGAAAGUUAUAAGAAAUGGUCAGCCAACUAAAAGAGAAUACAGAGGUCAAAGAUCCGUAGAAGCUUUUGAAGAAUUUAUAAGGAAACAACUCGAAGAUCCGAUCAAAGAAUUCUAUGAUUUGAAAGAAUUAAAUAAUUUAGAUGAUAAGAAGCGAAUGAUUAUUGGAUAUUUUGAUAGAAAAGAUGUUCCUGAGUAUGAAAUGUUUAGAAGAGUUGCUACCAAUCUCAAAGACGAUUGUCAGUUUCACGUUGGCUUUGGGAAUGCAAGCACUGCUAUGCAUCCUCCUGGAGAACCUAUUAUUGUCUUCCGCUCUGAUAAAGCGCUUUCUAACGACGAAGAUGAAACAUACCAUGGAAGUUUGAAUAAUUUUGAUGAAUUAAAUGUUUGGGCACAAGAAAAAUGUGUUCCUCUUGUCAGGGAAAUCACAUUUGAAAAUGCAGAGGAAUUGACAGAGGAAGGUUUACCCUUUCUUAUAUUGUUUCAUGCUCCUGAUGAUAUCGAGAGCGUUAAAAUGUACAAAGAUGUAGUUACAAGAACAUUAAUUGACGAAAAACAAAAUGUAAAUUUUUUGACAGCAGAUGGUUUGAAAUUUGCUCAUCCUCUCCAUCAUUUAGGCAAAACUCCGGCAGAUUUACCCUUAAUCGCGAUAGAUAGUUUUAAGCACAUGUACCUGUUUCCAAACUUCCAUGAUAUUCACGUAGAAGGAAAACUAAAGGCUUUCCUAAGAGAUUUAUAUUCGGGAAAGCUACAUAGGGAGUUUCAUUAUGGGCCAGAACCUAGUACUAACGAAGUCCUUCAAAUUGUCGGACAAAUUAAGGUGCCUACAACCCCACCAGAAUCUACAUUUAAGAAACUUGCACCCAGCAAAAACAGGUACACGUUACUCAGGGAUGAACUAUAAUGAUAAACUUAAGAUAUGUCAAAAUCUGUAUAAUUUUGGUUAUGCAGUUUGUUAGUUAUUUACAGAUAUUUACAGCGAAAUUUAAAUUUGUUGUAUGAUUAGAUAAAAUUCGGUUCGCGUGUCUAUUAUUUUAUUGUGUUCCACAGUAUUCUCGUAAAAAUAAAAUGUCUACUUAGCGUAUUCUUAACCGAGAAAAAUUUUAACGGUUAAUUUCACGUAAAUAAUUUAGGAAAAAGUAUGGUUCCAACGUAAACAUUCAAGCCUCUACCAAAUGUAUACAUACGUCUAAACUCUAACCUGUAAAAAUUGAUUAUUCACAACAUGUAUAGUUGGAACCUUUGUAGAGAUUUCACGACAGGGGAUAGUAGAUUUCAUUCUAAUUUUACAUAACGUGUGCUUUUUAUAUUAUCUUUCCUUUCAUAUCUAAUACACGAAAGAAGUAACUAAUUUUUAACGAAAUUAUCAACAGAUGCCAGAGACCUUAAUAUCUCCCAGUGUCAAUAUUCGUGUAAUAGAUGUUAUGUCACAAUUUUUAAUACGAUUCAUAGGAUAUUAUUCAGAGAAACUGAGUGAUUACUUGGUUGUAAGUAAAAAAGGAACUUGUAAUAUAUCGUUUUCUUAUAAUUAAAACUUAAGUUCUAAUAUACCGAACAUAGUGUUGGCUGCGGUACUGACCUGUAACUUGCGUUGAUCCAUGUUCCAUGAUUGAGAGAGAUUAAUCUUCGAGUUAAUCUUCAGUUAACGAGAUAAUGGUAACGUAAGGUAAUUCUUAAGGCGGUCACCUUUUGAUACGUUUUAUUUACUUGUCCGAAACGUUUUUUCUAGCACAACGUGACACCGCGAUACGCGGUCGCGAGUAUGUUAAGAGAAGAACAUCGACGAGUAUAAACGCGCGGGAUCUCUAGCGUCCAACUCGAUCGCGUUCGAUUUUUCGAUAUACGAUUAGCGCGUGAAUGAGUGCGAAUUUCAAAUUGAUUGUUCUGUUUGGUGAAUACCGCUUCUUGGGUGAAGUAUUUUAGACUCGAGAAAUCAACCGAUUUCGAUACUACGAAACAACAAUAUUACUGCUUUGUACAAUAUAGUACUAAGAUACUCCUAAGAAGCUAGUUUGUAUGGAUGACGGUAUUAAUUUUCUCUGUUAAUAAACAAUUUCUAAGUCAAAUA